AGUCUAAAAAGGAAGUAAACAGUGACCGAGAACAAUUUAAACGUUGGCGUUUUUAUUGUUAUUUUUUAGACAUUUAUUAACCUAAUGGAACUAAAAUAUGACUAAUUUAACUGCUAAGCAUCACAUACUUGCCCCAAGUAGUCUUUAAUUCGCGUUGGAGACAGGACUUGGUUGAUAGAUGUUAUCUAGGUGACGCUAACUAGCUGCUAACAAUGGCUGACUGUAUGGUUUUUCACACUCAAAUAGCCUCCAUUAUGGAGGUGCUAGCGAAUGCAGCCGUGGCAGAGAUCUGUAAACUCGUAGACGACGACUAUGCAGUGUUUCGUUUGGAAAUAACUCAAAGCCAGAAAGAAAACAGGGGAUUGCGGAGGAAAUUACAACUACUGGAACUGAAGGUGGCACGGGAGCGCGCAGAGAAGACAAUACGAGAGCGCGUCGUCGCCAGUCGUCCCAGUAGUGCCAAGAUCGUCGACCGAUAUAGAGGAAUGGCAAGAGGUGAAGGACAACUCACUGGAAGCCACAGGAACUUUGUGAAGCCAGCGGGCCACAAUACAUGGAGAAAUGACGAACCCAUAGCUGUAGAUGAAGGGAGUGGAACCUCAACCCAGCACGUUAUCGUAAUAGAGUCUGCAGAUGCAGAGGCUGCAGGCCCUGGGGUCAAGCAGGAGAGAUCUGAAGGAGAGGAGAAUCCACGGCACAGCAGAGACAUCCAGAAUGGACCCUAUGAAGCCACGGAGGACCCCACCACCGCUGCUGCCGCAUCCCAGCCCAGGACCCGACGCAGCAUCAUGGAGGAGGAGGGUCCAGAGGUGCUGCUGGUGAAGGAGGAGGGGUGUGAGGAGGGUCUGGGGAACCCUGGGGGGACCAUGGUCAUGGAGGACAACCAGACUACACUUCCUGAACCCACAGAGGACCCAGCUGAGCAGCACAGGACCACACACAGUCUCAGUGAGUCAGUAGACAAAGAGGAUGGGAUGCCUGAUCUGCAGCUGGUCAAAGAGGAGACAAUAGAGAACAAACCAGAGAGUGUACUAAAGAUCUGGGAUGAAGGUGGUUGGCUCGAAGCUAACAGAGGAGACUGGGCGGUCAUCUUGGAUUCCCAGACCGGUGCAGCCAAGGUUCCUGUGGACGACGUCACCGAGCAGGCCAGGACCGGAGGCGACAUAGUGGAGUCUGCAGUCCAUGAGGACGUGCGGAUAUCUGGUGUUGCUGGCAGGAGAGACUGGACCUCUGAAGUGGCUGGUCUCAAACCCUGGCCCCGGAUCAGGACACUGGAUCAGGAGCCGUCGCUCUUCCUUCGCGAGUCAGAACCAGGACCCAACCGCGAAGGACAGAGACCCCACCACCACACAGAACACAACCAGUGGACAGGUGGACUGAAUAACAGUCCUGGUGGUCAUCAGAGAGACAGAGGCUCCAGUCAUGUAUCCGGUCUGCAGCCCAGACCCUUCUCUUCACAGUCUCAGUGCAGGGAUGGAGCAGGAUCUGGGGCUGAUAAAAAUAGACCCUCCUGUUCCUAUGAUACAAACACCACAGUAUCCAUGAUGAACAGAGCAGGUCACCUUGGGCUUCAGCCUUCACAGAGAGUGGUGGGAGACCCAUCUGGUGGGAGUCUAACAGGAAGUCUGUCUUCUCCUUCAGGGUCUUGUCUAAUGCCUGGUGACUGGAUUCAUAGAAAGCCUGGGCCUGGGUCUAGCCUUUCUCAGUUACCUCAUGGUUACCCCACCAAUACAGACAGGGUCACGAUAGGCGUUCACCACAAGAAGUACUUAUCCUGUAACACAGCACACAAUCCCAACCACACCCAAACAAUGGCUAGAGGUCAAGGAGGGAGCUCAAAUACUAACCACCUGAGGGUGGUUGCUCCUACUUCUACCUCCUCUGGUGUCAUUGGGACACAACGUGGGAGGCCGAGCAUUAGGACGGACGCCGACAAGCCAUACACUUGCCCCACGUGUGGGAAGCGCUUCACUGAGGCGAACUAUGUGAAGAGGCACCAGACCGUUCACACCAAGGAGAGGCCCUUCAAGUGCAAACGAUGUUACAAGAGCUUCUCCUUCCUGAGUAGCCUUAUCAGACAUAGGAGUAUCCACAACGUGGAAAAAUUGUAGCAGUGUAGGCUUGAGAUGUACACAGGGGAUAUCUGGGAACCAUUAUUUAGCUUAGCAAUUCUCAACUGGUAGGUCGCAGGAAGGUUUGGAAUGGGUGACGGGUGUCUAAGUAAAAUUUUUUAUAUAUACAGUUGAAGUUGGAAGUUUACAUAAACCUUAGCCAAAUACAUUUAAACUCAGUUUUUCACAAUUCCUGACAUUUAAUCCUAUUAAACAAUUCCCUGUCUUACGUCAGUUAGGAUCACCACUUUAUUUUAAGAAUGUGAAAUGUCAGAUUAAUAGUAGAGAGAAUGAUUUAUUUCAGCUUUUAUUUCUUUCAUCACAUUCCCAGUGGGUCAGAAGUUUACAUGCACUCAAUUAGUAUUUGGUAGCAUUGCCUUUAAAUUGUUUAACUGGGCCAAAAGUUUUGGGUAGCCUUCCACAAGCUUCCCACAAUAAGUUGGGUGAAUUUUGGCCCAUUCCUCCUGACAGAGCUGGUGUAACUGAGUCAGGUUUGUAGGCCUUCUUGCUCGCACAUGCUUUUUCAGUUCUGACCACACAUUUUCUAUAGGAUUGUGGUCAGGGCUUUGUGAUGGCCACUUCAAUACCUUGACUUUGUUGUCCUUAAGCCAUUUUGCCACAACUUUGGAAAUAUGCUUGGGGUCAUUGUCCAUUUGGAAGACCCAUUUGCAACCAAACUUUAACUUCUUAACCCAUGUCUUGAGAUGUUGCUUCAAUAUAUACACACAAUUUUCCUGCCUCAUGAUGCCAUCUAUUUUGUGAAGUGCACCAGUCCCUCCUGCAGCAAAGUACCCCCACAACAUGAUGCUGCCACCCCCGUGCUUCACGGUUGGGAUGGUGCUCUUCGGCUUGCAAACCUCCCCCCUUUUCCUCCAAACAUAACGAUGGUCAUUAUGGCCAAACAGUUCUAUUUUUGUUUCAUCAGACCAGAGGACAUUUCUCCAAAAAGUAUGAUAUUUGUCCCCUUGUGCAGUUGAAAACCGUUGUCUGGCUUUUUUAUGGCGGUUUUGGAGCAGUUGCUUCUUCCUUGCUGAGCGGCCUUUCAGGUUAUGUCGAUAUAGGACUUUUACUGUGGUUAUAGAUUUGUAGUACCUGUUUCCUCCAGCAUCUUCACAAGGUCCUUUGCUGUUGUUCUGGGAUUGAUUUGCACUUUUCGCAAACAAAGUACGUUAAUCUCUAGGAGACAGAACGCGUCUCCUUCCUGAGCGGUAUGACGGCUGCAUGGUCCCAUGGUGUUUAUACUCGCAUACUACUGUUUGUACAGUUGAAUGUGGUACCUUCAGGCGUUUGGAAAUUGCUCCUAAGGAUGAACCAGACUUGUGGAGGUCUCCAAUUUUUUUUCUGAGGUCUUGGAUGAUUUCUUUUGAUUUUCCCAUGAUGUCAAGCAAAGAGGCACUGAGUUUGAAGGUGGGCCUUGAAAUACAUCCACAGGUUGACCUCCAAAUGACUCAAAUUAUGUAAAUUAGCCUAUCAGAAGCUUCUAAAGCCAUGCCAUAAUUUUCUGGAAUUUUCCAAGUUGUUUAAAGGCACAGUCAACUUAGUCUAUGUAAACUUCUGACCCACUGGAAUUGUGAUGCAGUGAAUGAUAAGUGAAAUAAUCUGUCUGUAAACAACUGUGUCAUGCACAAAGUAGAUGUCCUAACCUACUUACCAAAACUAUAGUUUGUUCACAAGAAAUUUGUGGAGUGGUUGAAAAACGGGUUUUAAUGACUCCAACCUAAGUGUAUGUAAACUUCCGACUUCAACUGUAUAUAUGUGUAAAUAUAUAUAAUACAUAUAUACUGUAUUUUUCUUCUUUAUUUUUUACAAAAAUAUUAGUCUCAACUUAGACGACUUAAACCAGGUAGAAAGUGUGUAGAAAUGAUAAUGAACUUACAUUUUUCAGAAAAUAAAUUACUUUGAAGAUUUUUUAAAUCACAGUAUUUUAAUAUAGAGCUAUUAGCGGUGCCAUUUUGAUUAAUUUUGUGUUCUCAAACCAGUGAGUAAUUAUUGACAAUGAAAGAGGCGGGAAUGUUGUUCCAUUGUCAUAUAAUUGCUACGGUAUAUUGGGUCGCGACUGAGGCGAUCUGGUUCAAUUUGGGUCCCGAGGGAAAGCCAGUUGAUAACCAUUCUCGUUAGCUGACAUAUUAUAGUCAUCAUGUGAAGUGUACUGGGGUAAGAGUUUUUACAAUUAUUUUUACUAAGUCCCUCAGUUGAGCAUCUGGGUCACAUUGUCACAUGAUACUGACUUGUUGUUUGAUGUUCUGGCAUAGCCAAAAUAUUGUAAUUUUAUUGAAGUUGAACACUAUUUACUAAUGUUUGGGGGUGGGCAUCGAUACAGUUAUAUAUCAGGAUAUUAUUUUUUACAAUAUAUUGUAUCGUUUUGACUAUCACAAUAUUAUUUUUGCGUUAGUCGGCUGUACCUGCACCGAAACUCCAGGAUUUUUCCUUCACAUCUGGUUCUCCAUCUUCUUUUUCAAGAUGGAUCCAAGAUGUUUUCAGCACUUAUUUUCAUGACUGAAUAAAACGAGUUCUGUAAUGGCUCUCUUGUCCCAAUGCAGUAGACAUAUGUUGAGCAAUAUGUUUGGAACAUCGAAUUGCAAUAAAGUUACAGUAUUGAAUCCCAAUACAUAUAGAAGCGUGAGAAUCGCAAUACAUAUCGUUUCGGCACCUAAUUAUCGUUUUGGUAUCGUAUCGAGAGGUCCCUGGCAAUUUCCAACAUUACAUACGAACAUAUACUGAACAAAAAUAUAAACAUGCAACAAUUGCAACAUUUUUACUAAGUUACAGUUCAUAUAAGGAAAUCAGUCAAUUGAAAUAAAUUCAUUAGGCCCUAAUCUAUGGAUUUCACAUGACUGGACAGGGGUGCAGCCAUGGGUGGGCCUGGGAGGGCAUAGGUCCACCCAAUGGGGAGCCAGCCCCAGCCAAUCAGAAUGAGUUUUUCCCCACAAAAUGGCUUUAUUACAGACAGAAAUACUCCUCAGUUUCAUCAGCUGUCCGGGUGGUUGGUCUCAGAUGAUCCCGCCGAUGAAGAAGCUGGAUGUGGAGGUCCUGGGCUGGUGUGGUCACACCUGAUCUGUGCUUGUGAGGCCGGUUGGACAUACUGGCAAAAUCUUUGAAACGACAUUGGAGGCAGCUUAUAAUAGAGAAAAUAACAUUCGGGCUCCUGAGUGGCGCAGCGGUCUAAGGCACUGCAUCUCAGUGCUGGAGACGUCACUACAGACCCUGGUUCAAUUCCAGGCUGUAU